UGGCUGGAUCCAGGGGGUCUUUUGCGGGGUCCCCGACAACUGGGGCGCACCUUGGUCAACUUCACCCAGAGGCCGUGGCCGUUGCACAGCUCCUCGCCGGUGGUUCGCACGCAGGCUCCACGCCGGAGCUCAAUACUGUCGCGGGCGGCGCGCAGCGGUCCCGAGCCGGCGCCUGGGGCAGGGCCCGCAGCACCCACACGCAGUCCCAGGCCCUCUGCCUCCCACACAGGCAGCAGCACGCGCGACGGUCCCGCCGGGUCCUUGUAAAGCUUGUAGAGCACCUCUCGCGGCACGAAAGCCAGCGCCGCGGGUAGUGGCAGCCCAGCCCGGAGGCUGCGCGCCGCCUCGGCCAGGAAACGCACGCGGCCCAGGAGCUGUCGCGGGGACUCGAGCGCCGCUCCGGGGCCAGGACCAGCCAUGGUGAAGCCGCUACGGGUGCCUUCAGGAAGGGGCGGAGCCUGGACUGUGUAGGCGGAGAUUCAGAUUAAAGCGGUGACCGGCGACUGCUCAGCUACUGUUUACCAUGGAGGCGAACGGGCUGGGACGCAAGAAUUUUCCGGAGCUGAAGAAUGACACGUUCCUGAGAGCAGCGUGGGGAGAGGAAACAGACUACACUCCUGUUUGGUGCAUGCGACAAGCAGGCCGAUACUUACCAGAGUUUAGGGAAACUAGGGCGGGCCAGGACUUCUUCAGCACCUGCCGCUCUCCUGAGGCUUGUUGUGAACUGACUCUGCAGCCACUAAGAAGGUUCCCUCUAGAUGCUGCCAUCAUCUUCUCUGACAUCCUUGUCGUGCCCCAGGCACUGGGCAUGGAGGUGACCAUGGUACCUGGCAAAGGACCCAGCUUCCCAGAGCCAUUGACAGAAGAGCGGGACCUAGAGCGCCUACGGGAUCCAGCAGCAGUGGCCACGGAGUUGGACUAUGUGUUCCAAGCCAUCACCCUUACUCGACAACAGCUGGCUGGACGUGUGCCACUAAUUGGCUUUGCUGGUGCUCCGUGGACCCUGAUGACAUACAUGGUGGAGGGUGGCAGUUCAAGUACCAUGGCUCAGGCCAAGCGAUGGCUGUACCAAAGACCGCAGGCCAGUCACAAGCUGCUUGGCAUACUCACUGAUGCUCUGGUCCCGUAUCUAAUAGGACAAGUGGCUGCUGGUGCUCAGGCACUGCAGCUCUUUGAGUCCCAUGCAGGACAUCUUGGCCCAGAGCUCUUCGGCAAGUUUGCACUGCCCUACAUCCGUGAUGUGGCCAAGCGAGUGAAGGCUGGGCUGCAGGAGGCAGGUCUGGCACCAGUGCCCAUGAUUGUCUUUGCUAAGGAUGGCCAUUUUGCCCUGGAAGAGCUGGCCCAGGCUGGCUAUGAGGUAGUUGGACUUGACUGGACAGUGGCACCAAAGAAAGCCCGGGAGCGUGUGGGGAAGAUGGUGACCUUGCAGGGGAAUCUGGAUCCUUGUGCCUUGUAUGCAUCUGAGGAAGAGAUUGGUCGACUGGUGCAGCAGAUGCUGGAUGAAUUUGGGCCACAACGCUACAUUGCCAACCUAGGGCACGGGCUUUACCCUGACAUGGACCCAGAACAUGUAGGAGCCUUUGUGGAUGCUGUGCACAAACAUUCACGUCUGCUUCGACAGAAUUAAGUAUGUGCCUUUCCUUUCCGCUCAAGGACCACCAACACGGGUUGUUUCCCGGAGAAUAAAACUUCCAGAGCUGGAGUCUAA